AUGAAAUCAGAGUCUGAAGACCAACAAACAGAUGGAGCUGAUGACCGAAAGCGGAAAAGACGUAGUCGGUGGGGUGGUGAAGAAUCAAAGGUGAAUAUUCCGGGGCUACCAACCGCUAUCACUGCCAAUAUGUCCAAAGAGCAAUUGGAUACAUAUCUUUUACAUAUGAGGUUGGAAGAAAUUGGAAGGAAAUUGAGGACUGGGGAUUAUGUUCCACCAGAACGUGAAAGAUCAGCAUCUCCCGAGCCAAUCUACGAUAUUCAAGGAAAGCGUGUAAACACUCGAGAAUAUCGAUACAGAAAGAAACUCGAAGACGAACGUCAUCGUUUAAUCGAGGAGGCUGUUAAAAGAAAUCCCGAUUUCAAGCCACCAGCGGAUUAUAAACGACCAACAAAAGUCCAAGACAAAGUUUAUAUUCCCGCAAAGGAAUUCCCAGAAAUAAAUUUCAUUGGUCUGUUGAUUGGGCCUCGUGGUAACACUCUGAAAAAGAUGGAGUCCGAAUCUGGUGCUAAAAUCAGUAUUCGCGGUAGAGGCAGUGUUAAAGAAGGCAAAAGCAGAACUGAUGCUGCCGCAAGUGCAAAUCAGGAAGAAGAUUUACAUUGUUUGGUUACUGCUGAUGCCGAAGAAAAAGUUGCAAAAGCUGUGAAAAUGAUCAAUAAAAUAAUUGAGACGUCUGCAUCCGUUCCGGAAGGUCAAAAUGAACUCAAACGUCAACAAUUACGCGAAUUAGCUGCACUAAAUGGUACCCUUCGUGACGAUGAAAAUCAGAUUUGCACGAAUUGUGGUGCUACUGGACAUCGGAAAUACGAAUGCUCUGAAUCACAAAAUUUCACAAUCAAUCUAACUUGUCGCAUUUGUGGUGGUCAUGGACAUACUGCCAGGGAUUGUAUGGAACGAAAUAAUCCUGAAGCUUUGCUACAAGCUAAGCAACGUGAUCAAAAAUUGGAUAGUGAAUAUCUUAGUCUAAUGGCUGAAUUGGGUGAAAGUGUUGACGCAUCCAAAACAAACGAAGUGGCGAGAACCGGGCAUUAUGGUCCUACAGGAGCGUCUAAACCCCCGUGGGCCGCUCAACCUUCUCCAACCUCGGUCACUGCCCCUCCUUGGGUAGCAAAAUCAACAACACAAAUACCUCCACCUGGAACAUCUUCAUCUUUGCCACCGUGGCAGCAAGGGACUACGAUGCCAGCUGUGCCUCCUCCACCUGGAUUGUCAACUGCACCUCCCCCACCAGGCUUAUCACCUACUACCCCCACUAGUACUAAUGCGCCUUGGGGUGGUGUGAAAUCAACUUAUCCACCUCCAAUGCCACCUCCUGGUUCUUCAGCCUAUGCGCCUAUAACAACUACAUCUGCCUAUCCCCCAGUCGCAUCUUCAUAUGCACCGCCUCCUACUACUGCUACAAGCUAUGGAUAUGCUGCUUAUAGUACUGCUGCUUCUUAUGGCUAUAAUGCAUAUCCAACGGCGGCGGCAGCAGCAGGAUAUCCACCUCCACCACCCUCCACGCGUGCAUGGCAGGCUCCUCCACCUCCACCUCCUUCAAGUCCCGCCCCACCAUUGCCACCGCCACCAAAUCAACCUCCACCUCCAUCACAAUAA